AUGUUUUCAACAGGCAGUUAUCAGCCUUUUCCUGCCAGAAGUAAGCGAUAAUUAGAGGACUUAAUGUAUCUUUCUACUAUUUUUUUUCAUUAAAAUUUUAUUUAAUUUAUAAAAAAAAUAAAUAUUUUUUUUCUACUAUUACCCCAGAUGAUGCACCUAGUAAGAAAAAACACUGAGGCAACAAUAGCAUGACUUCUCUAAUUACAGAUGAUAUUGAAGGAGCUAGGCCAAAUCUUAAAGGCUACCAAUAUAUAGCAUUAGCACGCUAUUGAAUUGGAAAAUUUGUUAUAAAAUUUGUAAAGCUAAUAGGGGAGACAAUAGUGUGCUCACGCUAUAUCAAUAAGCCAGACCAUUCUUAUAAUGUCAACGACAUUGAAAAAGCUCAGCCUUCUAAGCUUCAUCAAGCUUUAGACAAGCCAAAUUUUAAUCUCAAUACCAGAGAUAUCUAUAAAGCAUACCCUAAUAAGGCUGAAUUUGUGACAAAUAGGAUAGGCAGUAACCCUUUGAUGCCAGUCUACAAUCUUCCAAGCUACGAAACAAAACCAAUCACCCCACCUAGGUUUAUAAGAGAUUCUAUAGGUGCCACUGAUAUAGAUGGGACAAAGCAAGAAACUCGUUUUAAAUGGAAAAUCAGGAACACCAUGAAUGUCACUGAUAUUGACGGCGCAAGGCCAAAACCAGAAAAAAAUAUAAGAAAACCAAAUUUUAUGGACCCAAAAGAUAUUAACAAAGGAGAAGUCAUUGAAUACGGCAGAAACACAAACCCUUUGAUGCCUCAGUAUUCAGUUAGAGACUAUGAAGGAAAAUUAGUCACAAUAGGAGAGGUAGAAGGAAGCAAGCCUAGGGUGUUAAUAAAUAAAAGUGCAAGCCCUCAUCAGAGACAUUUAAAUACUCAAGAUAUUGCAGGAGCCACCCCAGGGACUGUUGGGGUAGGUAUGAUAGGGAAAAAAGACAGAAAUGAAUAUAGGAAUACUACAAAUACCAAUGAUAUUGAGGGAGCACAAGCUGGGUCUCUGAAAAAAGGAAUUACCACAAUGAGAAAUACGCAUCCGCUGAAUCCUACCUAUAAAUGGGCAACUGAGGAUGGACAAGUACAAAAUAACCAGCCGAUAAAGCAUAAUUUGGAUCAUUCUAAAUUCUGGGGAUACUCAGAAACCCCUGGGAGAGAUGGGCAGGUUUCUAGGCAAAGCUCGCUACCUCCUACAAGAUUGUCACAGGACUCAGAUUUUAAAGCAAAUGCGCAGAAAUUUUAUGCUGAAGAUGACCUAAAUUUAGGAUUUUCGAAAAAUGCAGAAAAAUUCUUUACAAAUCCUCCAAAUAUAAAAGGAGGGACUAUACCGUUUUUAAAUAAAUUAAUAACUAAUAUUUUUAUAUAAAAGUAAUAGUCUUUUGGGCCUUAAAAAGAAUAUUUUUAUGAAUGCGGCAAAUCCAGGAACGAUCAAUAGAGGCAAAACAAAAUUUACUGAAAUUGACGCAGAAGCUCAAAAUUUUCAAAAAAAUAAUGAAAAAUUCUAUGGGGUUUCUCAGCCAUCACAAAGGUCUGAGGAUGGAGAAAAUGAUAAAAAAACGAUAGACCCUGAGUUUGAAUAUGCAGCAGCCAAAGCCAAUAAUACGAAAACUUCCCCUAAGCUAGAUAUUUCCAAGCUUAAUGAAUCAGCAGCUACUUAUCAAUUUAAUUUAUCCAGAAAAGAUAUAGGAAAGCCAGGCAAAUCUACGAAAAGUCCAUUAGAUAGCAUGUAUAAGAAAAAUAUUGCUAAAUUUUAUGGGAUGUCACCAGCUGGAUCUAUUGACUCAAAAAACCAAAAUAAUUCCCCAAGAGGCAUAGAGUCAAGGAACUCGCAUGCUGAAUCAAGAAGCUCAGUUCGCAGCAAAAGUUUAAAUAAUCCAGCUCAGAACAACGACUCAAAAAUUCUUUAA